AUGGCGGUUCUCAACGUCUCCCUCUGUUCCAAACUCCCACCAAAACCCCCUCUCUCUUCCUCCAAUCCUCACCCUUCCCGCCAACACCUCUAUCUCUCCGGCUAUCCUGCGCCCCAGGUUGUAAAGAAUCACCUCGAAGCCUCUAGAAACGUUGUGUUGUCCGUGGGCGACUCGGUCUGCAAGGCCAGCCUGAUCGCUCUGCUCUCUGCUUCUCUGUUCGUAGCCAAUCCGGCACUCGCCUUUAAGGGUGGAGGUCCGUACGGUUCAGAGGUGACUAGAGGCCAGGACCUCAGCGGCAAGGACUUUAGCGGCAAGACUUUGAUCAAGCAAGACUUCAAAACGUCCAUAUUGAGACAAGCAAAUUUCAGAGGCGCCAAGUUAUUAGGUGCAAGCUUCUUUGAUGCUGAUCUAACAGGGGCUGAUCUUUCUGAUGCUGAUCUAAGAGGUGUAGACUUCUCCUUGGCCAAUGUGACAAAGGCAAAUCUGAGCAACGCUCUCUUGGAAGGUGCACUUGCCACAGGCAACACAUCUUUCAAAGGAUCAAACAUUACGGGUGCAGACUUCACAGAUGUGCCUCUGAGAGAAGAUCAACGGGAAUAUCUUUGCAGAAUUGCUGAUGGGGUAAACCCAACAACUGGAAAUCCAACGCGUGAAACCUUGCUUUGCAAUUAA